GUGUCCGGCGGAGGAUGGAGGACGAGCCGCGAGAGACCCUGGACUAACGCAGGAGGAGGAGGAGGGGGUCUUACUUUUCACAUGGAACCUGUUUGCGUUUUCCUCCAAAGGUGGAUUUUAUACUGAAACACUACAGGACAAAAUGCCAUUUGCCAAGCGGAUCGUGGAGCCCCAGUGGCUGUGCAGACGCGCGGACGCGGAUGAGGAGGGUCUCCUGCUCCAGGACCUGUGCGCCUUCAGUAAUGUAGCUCUGUCCCGGACCCUGCGCCAGCUGUCGGAUCUGGCCAAACACGCCUGCUCGCUCUUCCAGGAGCUGGAGCACGAGCUGCUCGCCACGAACCGGCGCGUCUGUGCGCUCCGGGAGAAGAUGAGCAUGAUCCAGGAGACCACCGGCGCGCUCGACCCCAAACAGGAGGCAGUGCCGCUAUCUAAUCUGGACAUUGAGAGUAAGCUGAGUGGACAUUAUCAGGCUCCAUGGCACCUGCAGAGAAAUGUGUUCCUGCCAUCGACUCGGCCCGCGUGUGUGGAAGAGCUGCAUCGAAAUGCCAAACAGAGCCUGCGGGCACUGUACAGAGACCAGCAGCAGAGGCAGGAGGUCGGCGAGAGAGAGCGCAGGGUGACCAUUUCCAUCUCCAUGGCUCCGCCCAUGCCCACCUACCCGUCGCCCCGUGCCCACCGCAGACGCCAGCAGAGAGACAGACCCCUCACCACGGAAAGGACAGAGAGAGACAUAGAAACUCAGACAACACAAGCACAGUUCCAAAGCACCCGGUCCUCCUCCCCUACUGAGUGUUGUCAUUUUUCCCCAUGGAGCAGAAAGGUUGCUCCUCCAGUGGAUUCAGAUUCAGAGGUGGUGGCUUUGGGCCACUGGCCGAAGUGCCCGAUCCCGAAUGUGCCCUCAAUGCUGGACAAACAGACCAACUGGGCUGGAAUCUUACCACUGCCCACCCCAGAGGAGAAGAUGAAGACGGACUCUCAAGUCAUCAACUCAUGCAUCGUUCCCAUUAAUGUAACAGAGGAGGGAGCCAACGCUACUUCCCCCUCAGCGAUAUCAGCUUUCCUAAGGGUUGGGUUCGACAGAGAGGCCAGUGUGCGCUGCUCACUAGUCCAUUCGCAAUCAGUGCUUCAACGGCGAAGGAAGCUAAGGAGACGGAAAACGAUCACUGGCAUUCCCAGACGCGUGCAGCAAGAUUUUGAUUCUGACGAGUCUCCAGUGGCCAGAGAACGUACAGUGAUGGUCCAUAACAACCCUGAAAUUUGCCAAGAGGAUCUCACACUCUCUCGUCUCAACACCAAGGACUCUGGUUGCCAGACAGAAGAAUCCCUGAUUGUUGGGGCUGCACCCUCACGUAGACGGAUCAGAGCACAAAGGGGGCAGGGCGUGACUGUGUCACUGUCCCAUUCCACAGGCAACAUAUCUUCUCUGCCUGACAACUCUGACACAAUGUUCACUGCCUCAGUAGGCUCCCGUCUGCGUUCUCGAAGCCUCCCGCGUGAGGGAGGGCGAUUGGUGGACGAAGGCCAUGAUAACAGUGAUGAGGAUGACGAGGAGGAGGAUGAGGAAGAGCUGUCCGCGUUUGAGGCAGAGGACUUCCUACCAGUCCCAGGGGAACAUAUUCUAAAAGAUGAUGAAGAAAGCACUGAUGACCAGGCAAUUCCAGAGGGCCAGCAUAACAGUUUGAAAUUCAAGCAGCAUGCUGGAAGUACAGAGCAUGACUGGAUAGAGAGGGGUCGAUCCCAUCUGCCUCGGAAAGCUGACAUGGGUAGCUGUGAGAUUUCCUCCAGUUCUGAUACAUUCAGUAGCCCCAUUCACUCUGUUUCCAAUGCUGGUGUGCUGACUAGCCAAAUGGACCACAAGGAGGAUCACCAGUCCUCGAGCGGCAAUUGGAGUGGUAGCAGUUCUACCUGUCCCUCCCAGACAUCAGAGACCAUUCCACCUGCAGCCUCACCCCCACUCACCGGAUCAUCCCAUUGUGAUUCAGAACUAUCGUUGAAUGCAGCUACCAAUACUAAUGAUGACUCCACCGGCUUCAUUGUUGAUCCAUAUCCUGGAGACCGAUCACAAGGCCUCCAUAGCCAUAGGACAGGUUCAUUAACUUCCACUGCGACUGACAUGCUUGAUGAUGCUGGAGUCAGCACUGCCAGUGAGGGUGAGUGGAGCUAUCCACACUACAGGCACAACAUGCCUUGCCAUCCCGACUUCAGUCCUGAGCACUCUAGGGCAGAGAAUAUCCUAGAAAGUCCCAGUUUUGCUAGCAUAGCCACUUUUGAAAGUUUAACAGAUAGGCCACCAUCUGAAAAGGCUGACACCACCUCACACUUUUCUGUAGAUGCCGAGGGCUACUAUACCUCCAUGCACUUUGACUGUGGUCUUAAAGGUAGCAAAAGCUUCACGUAUAACUAUACAUGCAUAGAUAAGCAGCAGGCAGAAUAUGGACAUCAAACAAGCACACUUGGGAGAUGUAGUCUCUCUCUAAGGAAACCAAAGGUGAAGCCAUCCCCACCAAAACGCAGCUCAUCCUUGAAGAAAAUAAGCAGCCAUGUUGGACCCCCCACUGACAAGAAUGAACCAAAGAAUGCUGUCGGUCAGAACAAAUCUAUGUCUUCCGGUGAGAGAACACAGCAUGUGGGGUUGAACAGAGGCUCCUCAAGUCAGCUGGAGAGUGAGGAGCCACUGGGGGCUUGGGGUGUUGAGAGUUCUACAGAGAUUCCAGAAGUUGCUUUGUCUGGCUCCACAGAAACGCAUUCCUUCAAGGACGAGGGAGCUGUCCAGUCAGACUAUGCAGAUCUCUGGCUUCUUAAUGACUUGAAAUCCAAUGAUCCUUACAGAUCGUUGUCAAAUUCCAGCACAGCUACGGGUACCACUGUCAUCGAAUGCAUUAAGUCACAGGAGAGCUCUGAAUCCCAGACUUCCCAGUCAGAAUCUAGGGCCACUACUCCUUCAUUACCAUCGGUGGAAAGUGAGUAUAGAUUGCCUUCACCAGAAAAGCUGGUAGGUCUAGCGUCACCUUCCAGUGGCUACUCAAGCCAGUCAGAGACACCAACAUCAUCUCUUCCAUCGGCUUUCUUCCCAAACGCUCACCCAAUGUCCCCUACUGGUGGCAAAAGGAAACCCAAAGUCCCAGAGAGGAAGUCCUCACUUGCUUCUUUUCAGAAGUACUCAUCCAAAAGGGACCUGGAAUUGCCUAUCAUACCUCCCUCCCAUCUUGACCUAAGUGCCCUUCCCAAUGUCAGCAAGCCUUCAAUUCACACAAACCAGAUGCACAUCCUCGACCAGAGCAAACAAAAAGCAGCAGCUAUAGCAGAAACCAAGCGUGAGAGUCUGGCAACUUCGGUUUCAAGUGAUGAGCUGGCAGUCACUAGUUCUUUGGCCAUCACUCCUACGGUACUUCGUUCAGUUCAACUACGUUCAGUUGGCAAAUCUGGAGAAGGGAGCCACGAUCGACCUAUAACUGAUACCGCCACUAGGCCUAAGUGUCCCACUGUGACUAUCAUUACCCCACCUACUCACGAUAAACCCCAUGAAACUAGGAAGCCUCCACCCUAUAGACCCCUUUUCAUAGAAACCACCUCUCAGGACAAUUGUAAAUCACUGUUUACCCCAGUAGAUGGACUAGCUGCUAAGAAUAUAGCAAGCCAUUUUGGUGCAAGAAAUAGAUAUGACCGAUUAGCCCCAUCACCUCUUUGGAGCAUGACUGCUUUUAAGGCCCCGUCUGAGCAGGUGAACAUGGAUGAAGUGAUGUCUGAAAAUUCUCGAGAAGUUGCAGAAGAUGUGAGCACCUCAAAUAAUUUAUUUCCCCAGAGUAGUCUGGAAUUGGAGCAAAUCCAACCAUGGAAAUCUGAGCCAAAUGAGGGAAGUCCUUGUCAGAAUGGUCUUGGAAAGAGGUCAGAUGGUCUUGACCAAGUGCCUGAUAUUGUCAAUCAAAGAUCAGAGACAUUGCAAGCUUAUCUAAUCAGCAGUGCUGAAGAAGAAUCUAUAACAUCAGGUGUUCCAACCAGAAGUGCCUCACAGGAACUUGUAGAGGAAGGGUCUACACCAGACACAGAGGAUUAUUUCAGCAAAGAGUCCACACCAAGCGAUCCAACUGAGUCCCCUCUGACAGACAAAUCCAAAACCGAGGAUGAUAGUGUUUUUCUUUCACCAAGUAAAAGUCGCACAACAGAGGAUCUCUUUGCCAUGAUUCACAGGUCAAAACGAAAAAUGCUGGGCAGGAAAGAUUCUGAAGAAAUGUCAGUGCGGAGCCGUUUAGCGGUUGUUUCUGGGAAUGGCUCUGCUACUAAUCCUGCAACCUCGCCCAGCACCCCAAACAUGCCUGCAAGUCCAUCUACUCAAACUGGGGCUCAGAGAACCCCGGGCUCAAUUUACAGGAGUGCCAAAAAGUCCAGUACCUCAAAUGAAGAGUUCAAAUUGCUGCUGUUGAAAAAGGGAAGUCGGUCCGACUCCAGUUAUCGCAUGUCAGCUACAGAGAUCCUUAAGAGCCCCGUUGCACCCAAAAGCCCCGGUGAGCUCCUGAAGGAGGGUUCUAGACCAUUUGAGGAGCCUCUCUCUCCUUUCCAACAACAACUUCCAGAGGGAACUCCCGAGCAAAUGCCCAGCCCCUUUCCCAAAUCGUAUGCUGAGGGCUUUUCUCCAAAAGCUUUUCCCACAUCUGCCUCAACUAGACAAGGCCGGUCAAGGAUGCCGCCAGCUGCAAAUAGCAGCCGCUACAGUACACGCAGUCGGCUGUACAUUGCUCCCAUGCAGGCCAUAUCAGAAGGGGAAACAGAAAACUCAGAUGGAAGCCCACACGAUGACCGUUCCUCCUGAAAAAUGCAUCUUGACUUUUAGAAUCAGUUUAGACACAAUCUUUGACAUCAGGUCCAUAAUGCUAGGCACUUGGCAUACUCAAUUCUGUUCUUAAGAACUAAGAAGACCGUAAACAAAAUACGUAGCGUCUGUACCAUUUUGUAUCAAGAAGAACAAAACAUUCUAAUAAUGAUUUUCAGUAGUGGUGUUCUAAUAACUUCCAUAAACAUAUUUAUUUUAUGUGAAUACUUUGUUUGCAUACCUUUCAUUUUAGAAUGAGAGUGGAGAAAACUACAUGAUAAAAAUCCAUCACUUUGUAAUUACUCACAGUGAAUCAAUUGUGGAUGCUUUUUGUCACACACAUUUAACAUUGUCUAGAAAGAUAAAAACAGUACUGUACUGGGGUAACUGUGAAAAUGGGUCCAGAUGGUAUUAAAAGAAGGGAAAAUCUUUCUUGUACCUUACAUACAAACUGUUUAUGGCAGACAGCUUGGGACAAUCAAAGAGUGGCCUUUUGUAUAGUUAGCUGUAGCAUAAAUGGGCUAAGUGCUUUCGAGGUAGCCCGCAACUGGAUCUUAUUGGGCAAGAAAUGUAGCUGUGUUGGAAUAUCCUGAUGGCCAACCACUAUUUUGCACUUCUUUUGGUACUGAAACAUUGGUACUGGACAUUUUAAAGAAAUCUUACAAAAAUGCCACAAAAGAAAAAGUGACAUGAAAAUAAAUAUCUAUAUAAAGAAUAUAAAUUUAAAAAAAUAUGUAUUUUUAAUGAGAUUAGCUUAAGAAGGUAAUAGGCAAAUUGUGUCCAUAUUUGGCAUUUUUAAGAUAUUGAGCUUUUUAAUGCACCAUCUAAUAAUUUUAAAGCAAUGCUGUAAUUAAUGACCACAUGAUUCUUCCCUUUCAUUCAGUAUUUAUCUUUUUUAAGCAAAUUUCUUUUAAAAAAAAUCAACCCAUUGUUUCUAUAUCAAUAAAUUGAUCUAAGAAAAAUGACAACAGCUACAACACAGGCACUAAACGUAUUCUGUGAAUACUGUACCAAUUGUUUCUAAAGUAUAUAUAUAAUUCUGCUCUUUGUGAAGUGAUUUUUUUGUUAUUGAUCACUGACCCACACAGCAGGACUAAUACUGUGCAAGCGUUUUACAGCCAACUUGAAAUUAUGCCUCUACCGCAGUAGUUGUAGCUUUUCUAUAUUUCACUUUAAUAGAUCAAAUUAACUGCAUGCAAUAAAACUUAAGAGAGGAGCUGAUAUUGCUACAUCAUUUUUUAAACGUAUCAAGGAAUUUGCCUCAUCAGAUUUGUAAGGCCAUGAGCUUUUUUGUCAAAAAUCUGAUUGAAACACUCUUGACAAUCUUUUUCAAAGACAUUUAUAUGUAGUAAACGGACUCUGGCAGAAUAAUAUUGUAGAAGGAUAAGUAGAAGUUUUUAGAAGUGUGUAGUGGAAGUUUUGGUCAGGAGGCUUUUGCAGUUUGUGUUGCUUUGGGUUUGAAUUUGCAAUGUUGAGAGGGCAAUGAGGAAAGUUACAAGAAGGACUUAAGUUUGGUAUCGUCCUUGAAACUGAUGGAAAACAUAUUCCUUUCUCAAUGCUGUUGCUGUUUGUAGCACGGACAGUAAAAUAUCCAAAGAAAGACUACAGAGGUGUAGAGUCACGUCAGACUGAGAGACAGAGCAAGUCUGCAGUAAGAGGGUUUGCGUCUUGAUAAAGACUUUCUUUUGCUGGAGCAACAAAUAAAUCUGUGCGUAUGAGGAUGUGCUGAAAAGGAUGCAAAUCAAAGGAAAGAGGUUGUAAAAAAGGUUGCAAAGGACAGAUGAAAAAACAUGGACUUGCACUACUGUUUGGUUAUCGUUCAGCUUUUUUUAAAUCAGCUUCCAAGAGCCACCUCAUGUUUUUCAUUUUGGUACUAAAGCGAAAGGAUUAUUAGUAUCUUGCUGGCUUUUAUGAAAUAUUGGGCUUUGAUAAAUUUAUGACUGCAGAUUUAUUUAUGGAUUUAUGGACUUAUGUUUUUCUUUUCAGAGGUUAAGCUUUAGUGGGUAAACACUGGUUUCAAAAGACAAAUGAAUUUAAUGCAGACAAUAAAACCACUUAUAAAUAAUAUAAAAAAAUAUGAAUGGCAUAAGCUACUCUGUUAAUGAUCCUUUGAAACCUAAUGGUGUCCAGUGGUGUAUUUGGCAUUUCUCUCCUUUGUACCAUUGACCUUCUGGUGUGUUUGCAAUUUACCUUGCUUGGUGAGAUUUAGUCUUUGGAUCAAGUAUUUAAGCUGUCCUCAACUAUUCGAUCACUGACAACUAACUAGCUUUAGGUAAAGAUGUUAUACAAAGGGAAAAACACACAUUUACAAAUCUAAGCAAUCUAAAAGUUGGUAAAGACUUUCACUAUCCAUCUCCAAGACAGAAGUAAACGAUUUUGUAAGCUACCAUUCCAACAUUGUAAAGUCUAACCUUAAAAUUUGCACUGAUGUUUAGUAUGUUUGUGAAGGUUUUCACAUUGUCUAUUGCUGUACCUAAGGCUAUUUAAACAGGAAUAGUUAACACAUAGCAAAAGCAAUUAUGAAUUGAAAUCUCAUAUUGUUAAAGUUAUAAAGCAUGCUUGGUGAAUGGUAACAUGAAAGAUUUGUGUACCAAAAGAUUUCAGAGUUAGACAAACACUUGCUGUACUGAACACACACACACACAGUUACGUGAUGUCUCUUCUGGUACUAGACUGAAGUCUUCAAGCAACUAAAAUGAAUUUUUGUUGUUGGUUUUUUUGUAAAAACUUGUAAAUAGAAUACCUUUUAAAAUCGUUUCCAGGGUGUUUCUUAUGUAAAAUGUUUUCAAAGUUUACAUUAAUUAUAAGCCUUUGUAUAUUUUUGAUCUGUGCAACACUUUUGAGUCUUGUAUUUAUUUUUUAGUAGUCUUUGUGGAAAGUCCCAUUGUAAAAUGUCUCUAAAACCAUUUGCCAGCUUGUCUGGCUGUUUAGUAAAUGUGCAUAGAAGAGGCCAAUAAAUGUGACUGCUUUA